UGCAUUUGCCAAAAAAGGCUCCAGCGUGACUUACAGUCCAACAUGGCCAAAGUGGAAAGUGGAAAAUCUAAACUUGGGCACCAAUUUCUAGACUGUUGUUCCUAUAUUGACCAGCUGGCACAGUUCUAAGACAAGAAGUGCAUGAUGGAUCUCCAACAAAGCUGGUGAAAUGAGGCCGGCUUCUUAUCUCUCUCAUUUAAUCCGAUGGAACGGCUGCCCCCAGGUAACAGUUGAGGGGAGAGAAGGCUUGAGGGAAGUCUGUCACCGCACAGCUGAUGGAGUGAGCUCUGCUUUUCAGCUCUCCCACUGCUGGAAUUUUAAAUAUAGGCAACAACCAUUUUGUGCAUGGUUUACAUUCCUGACCACCACCCCCCCACAGGUUUGCAGAGCACGCAUAAGUCUGCUCCACCCUGCCCCUUUUCCCAAGUUGCUGUGAUGUGCGCAUGUGCAGUCGAACACAUAUUGGACAAGCAUAAGACGGUCGUUGGCUGUAUGAAAAAAUUACAGAAACCUCAUCAGAGUAUGAGAAGGGCGGUAAUGUAGUACAGUAGUUGUUCAGAACGCAUUGGUGCAACACAGUACAGGAAAAUGCAAACAUACAGGCGCUCAGGCAUGUUGUAAGUCUCUUAAUUUUUUAAUAUAUAAAUACACUGAUUGGAUAAAACAGCAAUAUUGGAACAUAUUUGCACUUCUCAUCAGAUUUUUAAAAAACUCAUUUAAAUAAGUAAACAUUGAUAGAAUUAAAACUAUAUACCGGUAGUUUAUAUAUAGUUUAUAUAUAGACCUGGGGGUGCUCGUGUAAUCUCACUGUAUACAAGUUGUACAAGUGACAAAGUAUUUCAACAUAACUACAGAACUCGCUCAUACCUUUUCAUUUUCAGCACGUGGGCAAAACAGGAACAAAACAGCUAAAUGCUUAAAACGACUGCCAUUAAGGAUCACAGUUAACCCCGCGUGCUGAAAAUGAAAGCGUAUAGGCGAGUUCGCAUACAGGUGUGAAGAGGGGGGCAAGGGACGUCACCCGCCCCUUCCCACGUUUAUCAGAAUGAGGCGGCGAGAGUCCCGGCAGGUGCCUAGAAUGGACUGUACCACUUCGGAGAGCAGCUGGGGUGAGGAUUUUUUUUUAAAAAAUCAAUGUAAAAUAAUCAACAACAGAGAAACACAAAAACCCUCCCGCCUCCUGAUGCAAGCGCCUAUUUUCACCUGCAAAGAGUUGCUGUCGACACAGAGGCGGAGCCCCACUAACCCCCGGCAUCCUAGGACACACCUCCCUGCCUGGGUGUGUUAGAUCGGCCGGCCUUACCGCGAGGCCCUCAGGGGUUGGGGAGGCGCGGCGUCGACGCCCGCAUGCGCCCAGCUGCGUCGGGGGCGGGGCAACACGGCGCGCGCGUGCUCCUCUCCUCUCCUCCGCCCUCUCCUCCUUCCCCUCCCCAUCUUCCGUUGCGGCGGCGGCGGCGCGUGUGUGAGGCGCUGCUUGCGGCCUGCUGCUCAAGGUGAGUCCUGUGGCGGCGAAGGCGUGAGGUAGGUGUGGGGAGGGAAGGAAGGUUCGGCCUCCUUUUUCUUCCAGACCUCCUCCUGCCACUGGAAGGGGGAGAAGGGAAGAAGGAAAUCCCGCUAUAUCUUCUUCUUCUUCUUCUUCUUCUUCUUCUUCCUCUUAUUAUUAUUAUUAUCCAUGGCGCUCCCCCCCACCGCAAACUCUGAGGCAAACUCCUUAAUUCUCUUCAGCUUUGUGGGGUUGUAAGAGGCUCGCUAGCUCCACACACACCCUCAUCAUCAUCUUCAGGAUGGACCCAGGCUUGAUUACGUUCAGAUCCGUUUAUUAUCUCUUGUCAGAGGAUCCAUCCCGUUACGAACGCGCCUCUCACCUUCUGAGGUGGGAAGCCAGUUAUUGGGGGGGGGGGGCGGAGAGAGAGGGAGGGAGCAACGUAUGUCUUUAUGUAAAACCGGCAUACAGUGGUACCUCGGGUUACAUACGCUUCAGGUGACACACUCUGCUAACCCAGAAAUAGUGCUUCAGGUUAAGAACUUUGCCUCAGGAUAAAAACAGAAAUCGGGCUCCGGCGGCGCAGCAGGAGGCCCCAUUAGCUAAAGUGGUGCUUCAGGUUAAGAACAGUUUCAGGUUAAGAACAGACCUCCGGAACGAAUUAAGUACUUAACCUGAGGUACCACUGUAAAGGGUAAAGGGACCCCUGACCACUCUGGGGUUGUGGUACUCAUCUCGCUUUAUUGGUACAGCUUCCGGGUCAUGUUGCCAGCAUGACUAAGCCGCUUCUGGUGAACCAGAGCAGUGCACGGAAACGCCGUUUACCUUCCCGCCAGAGUGAUACCUAUUUAUCUACUUGCACUUUGACGUGCUUUCGAACUGCUAGGUGGGCAGGAGCAGGGACCGAGCAACGGGAGCUCACCCUGUCGCGGGGAUUCGAACUGCCGACCUUCUGAUCGGCAAGUCCUAGGCUCUGUGGUUUAAUCCACAGCGCCACCCGCGCCCCUUGAAACCGCAUAGGAACCCAGUUAAUCGAUGAAUGGUAAAUGGCAGCAGUGCGCAAGGCAUCCUCAUUCAUGCCUGCGUGCUUUAUGUGCCCGGGAGCGGACUUAGAAAACCGCCCCAGCGGAGCUUCCGCGUCCGAUUAGGCGGGUUGCGAGGAGGCGGGCGCAGCUCGUGGCCGUGUAAAAAACACACACGUAGGAUGGGGCGCCUGGAGGGACAACGUAGUUUGAAAGCAGCGGGGACGGGGUUUGCUGCUUUUAGGGGUGGUGAUUCAACGAGGCUGGGUUUCUAUAGCAUUCAGUUGGGCUCUACCCAUUCCUGGUAGAACUAUCCCAUGUGAGAAGACCUCUUUUCUGGGAUUUGGGAUAGGUUUAUUUGGAAUAAUGAAAGGGCACCCAUUCUAGAAUCUUUUGCUUCCUUGUAACACUUCCAGGAGGAUUCUUGUGCAGCAUAUAUAUCUUCAAAGCAUAUUAGGUGGUACUGACAUGGAGAAAACUGUAUCUUUUCAGAUAUCAAGUCAUGAUUGAUGGACACUUUUUUUUAAAAAAAAAAGUUAUAUCUUCUAAAAAAUGCUACCUGUAAGUAGAUAAUUAGUUCACUGUGCUAAAACACUUAUCAUUGAUUUAAAUUUUACUUGACAGGAGACUUUUAUUUUGAGAAACAUUUAAAAAAAAUAGUAGUUCCCCUCUGCUAUUUGAGAUAGAAUGCUCCAUUCCAUUUCCUGGGAUUCUAACAACCUCAUUCUGCUUAAUGUGUUGUCCAGAUGUGCAGGUAUCGAUAGCAGUGUUCGAAACUCCCAUUGUUUUAGCACAUUUUGCGAUGCAAUUUCAUUAGCACGAGCAGUUUCUGAACUCUGGGCACUGUACUGUGCCUAGGAUUUCAGAAUAAAACUGCAGAGUGGAAGGAAAGGAUGACCUUUUUCUGCCUCCCCACUUCCAGCUACUCUCUGAAGACUGGAGAAGAAGAAUAUUAGGGGGUUGGGCAGGGGAAGGUCUAGACCAGGGGUCUGCAACCCGCGUCUCCAGAGCCGCAUGUGGCUCUUUUACACCUUUGCCAUGGCUCCGGGGCGGAUACUAGCGAGGGGAGGAGGCGCAUUGUGCGCCCCGACACUCCCCACUGUGGCGGGUGCUGUGCUGGCUGUGACGUCGCAUGGGGGCGGUGUAUGCGUUAGUCAUGCACCGUCCCGACGUCACCUUCCCGCCCGCCCGCUACAUUGUAAGGGGCAUGUACGCUGGUCACUGCAUUGAAAGGGGGCAUGUACGCUGGUCACUGUUUUGAAGGGGAGUGAAGAACACACACACACACAAAAAAGGUAACUUGUUAAUUUAACGUUUAUUUCUAUGAGGAGGAGUAAUUCUGAGGGGUCAAACAAAGAAAUAAUAAAAAAAGUGACAAAAAAGUUAUUUUUAUAAUGACGAGUUUUGCGGCUCCCAGUUUUUUUUUCUUCGGAAACUGGUCCAAGUGGCUCUUUUUAUCUUAAAGGUUGCAGACCCCUGGUCUAGACCAUGUGAAAUCAAACAAAAUAUUUUAGCUGAAGUUCAUUCAUUUUCAGCUUUGUAUUCUUGUUAUUAAAAAGUGUGCCUAGACAUUCUGUUGUUGCUCCCAUAACCUGGGUUUAAGGUGCCAUUUAGCGCCUAGUUUUCGUAUCUCAGUUUCUAACGCUGAUUGAUAGGGAGGGCAAUAGUCACAUAUCCUCCAAAACUGCUCCCUUCCACUGAGAGGGAGCUUUUGGCAAAUGGGAGGGAAAACUGUCAGUCACUUUUACACGUUCCAUUGAAAUACAGUGGUACUUCUGGUUACAGACGCUUCAGGUUACAGACGCUUCAGGUUACAGACUCCGCUAACCCAGAAAUAGUACCUUGAGUUAAGAACUUUGCUUCAGGAUGAGAACAGAAAUCGCACAGCGGUGGCAGGAGGCCCCAUUAGCUAAAGUGGUACCUCAGGUUAAGAACAGUUUCAGGUUAAGAACAGAGCUCCAGAACGAAUUAAGUUCUUAACCCAACGUACCACUGUAUAGCAUAUAGAAAUAUAUCUGUUUUGGGAAAGAAACUAAAAUUGCAAUCCUCAGGAGCAAGUGCAGUUCUUAUUUUCUGUUUUCUUAAUUGUUUAUGUUUCUCAUACAAUCAAUCGCAUUCCCAUUCUUUUUAAAUACUGGUGCUCUGUCAUUUUUAGGUCUGGUUCACACAUCAGACUAAGUCAAACCAUGGCUUAAUAUGAAUACAUGAGCUCCCAGAGAGAAGAGCCACUCCUCCCCAGUUGUUUCACUGCUGCACUGAGCUAAACCAUAGUUUGGACUAGAUGAUCCUUGAGGUCCCUGCCAACACUACAGUUAUAUGAAUUAAGCUCCUUUUUGGAUUUAAACAUAAUAUUCUUAACAACAAAUGCAAAAGAAAGAUCAGGAAAAGCAAAAUAUUUUUUCACUUGACUGAUUCACUACUUGUCUGGUGUGUGUGUGCGUCUUGCCAUUAAAUUUUCAACAGGUUUCUAAAAAAAAAGUUCACAAGAUAUUAAAAUGGUAGCUUGCUCUAAUUUAAAUAAUUCAGUAGUGGCAUUUAUGAGUAUGUAUUUCAUGUGAUCAACAUGUCCUUACAACCUACUGUUCAUGGAGUGGGGCAUGAAAUCCAAGUUCAGUCAGCCAUUAAGUAGAUGAAAAAUCUUUUGCAUAGACCUAUUUGGUUGGCACACAUUAUUCUUAAAUCGGUAUUUUAAUUGAGUGCUAUUGUAGUCGUAGGAGAGGUACAAGCUGGAAGGAAUGGAAAGCCAGCCAGAGUACAAAGAUUUGCCCAUUUUCACAUACUGCUUACAUAGUUUCGAAUUUAUCUUCUCAACAAUGACUGUUGCUCUGUGAUUAAAACUUGUGAUUUUAAGGAUAAAACUGAAUUUUCUGAAAUUCAGAUUGUGGGACAAAGGAGUCUUGGCCUGACUCUUGCAGUAGGCCCUGAUCCCAGAACUUGGUGACCUAGGACCCUUUUGAAGAACACUCUCCUUCAUGUCUCUCUAGGCAACAGGUCAGAGAGCUCUUACAGAGAUGCUGUGCUCCAGAAUGCAUCCCUUGCUUUCAAGUGAAUAACCUCCAACUGACUGGUUAUUUCUGGGUUCGCCAGAGGCAACACUCUCACAACUGUAUUGUCUCACGGAAAUUAUUCCAGUCAUCGAAAGGUCAGACAUUUGAGCUGGAAUGGUGCAUGAGGCCAUAUGGGUCAACUAGUACUUGAUCAGGAAGCCUGUGUUUAUAAGCAGUUUCAGAGUACAUUGAGUAUAUUGGGAAAGAUCCAGGAAUAUGUAGGUUGUUUUUCUCCAGGGACAACCCCUAGUGAGCAUUGCAAUCCAGAUGUACAUGCUACAACCCACCCACCCCUUUUGCUGAUCCAGUGCUGCACUGUGUCAACAUUGUCAAUUGGUGAGGAGCCAGUGCAGGUGUAAAUACUGCAUAUCUGUACAGCAACACGAAUUUUCAAACUUAAUCCCCAAAUUAAUUUUGUCUGGUCCUAGUUCUCCCCUUGAUUAAUGCCUUAUGAUGAUGACUAACGUGAAUAUGAUUAUAGCUGAAGUUCAGGGAACAAUACUUUAGGUGAAACAAUGCCACAUUUCAAAAAAUACAUAUUAUUGACUACAUUGGCUUAAGAGUUACUGCUUCUCAGUGGCUUUUAUACCAUUGACCAUGGUAUCCUUCUGGAGCAGUUGUCCAGGUUAGGGGUGGGUGGCACCGCUUUGCAGUGGUUCCUGUCCUAUAGUUCCUGCCCCAUGAUGCCUUCAUUGUGGGGUUUCUCAGGGUUUGAUUUUAUUUCCCAUGCUGUUUAACAUCUGCAUGAAAUCACUAAGUGAGAUCAUCUAGAGUUUUGGAGCAUAUUGUCAGCAAUAUGCUGCUGAGACACAGCUCUGAUUCUCCUUUACAUCUGCAGGUGUGGCAGUGAAUGUACUGAACGGAUGUCUUGCCUCCGUAAUGGACUGGAUGAGAGCCAAUAAACGGAAGCUCAAUCCAGAUAAGACUGAGGCACUGUUAGUGUGUUCUCUGGAUCAGUUGGAUGGGAAAUGGCUUGCUAUUGAUGUGGUUCGCUUCCUCUGAAGGAGCAAGUCCACAGCUUAGGGGUGCUUCUGGAUCUGUUGCUGUUGCUUGAGGCUCAGGUAGCCUCUGUGGCCCAGCUGUGCCCCUAUCUGGUCUGGGAUAGCCUAACUUCUGUCAUUUAUGCUCUGGUAACCUCUAGGCUAGAUUACUGCAACAUGUUAUACAUGAGGUGCCUCUGAAGACAGUUCAGAAACUUCAGCUGGUGCAGAAGUGGCUGCUGGUUAAUAAUCAGUGGCUGCUGGUUAUUUUUCAGGCCCAAUUCAAAGUGCUGACUUUGACUUAUAAUUUCUGUAGCGUUAAACAGCUCUGGGCCAUAAUAAUUCAAGGACCACUUCUCCUCUGCCCCAAACCCUGCAGUCACAAUCUGAGGCCCUUCUUCAUGUGCUUCCUCCACAGAGGAUGGCACCAUGAGAACAGCCCUUUUCUGUGGUGGCCCCCCCGCGUGUGGAAUGCUUUCCCCAGGGAGGCUCUCCAGGCGCCUUUGUUACAUAUCUUUGUUACAACUCCCAUAACCCUGGACAAUCAACUGUGCUGGUUGGGGCUGAUGAGAAUUUCGAGUGCAAUACAAUGGUACCUCGUGUUACGGACGGGAUCCGUUCUAGAGACCCAUCCGUAACGUGAUAUGCCUGCAACUCGAAGUGCUGUGUCUGCGCAGGUGCGCAGCGUAAUUUGGCGCUUAUGCCGCAAUUUAGCGUUUCUGCGCAGGUGUGAGCAGCAAAACCCGGAAGUAACCUGUUCCGGUACUUCUGGGUUGCCGCAGGACGUAACGCGAAAAGACGCAACAUGAAGCAGAUGCAACGUGAGGUAUAAGUGUAUCUGAAAGGCCAGAGGUUACCCACUCCUGGUGUGUAUUAUACAAGAGAGCACCUCUUCUUUAAAUCUCUGCCUAUGUGACUGAUUAAUAUUUCAAAGCAAGGAGAUCCUAGUCCUCAAAUUGUUGUUAAUUAAUUCAUUUGUCUCCUCCCACAUGUGUCUCAAGGUGAUUUACAAACAGAUCAUAAGAAUAGUUUGUGCUUUGCAUAGUUACUCUAAUCUGAUUAGGUUUCUUUUGAUGCUUGAUUUAUUUCUUCCUUCAGAUGUUUCCUCUGUUGUAAGAAGUUGUGUAGUUGACAGUUCUUCAGCUUCUAAUGAAGAAUCCGUCUAGUAAUUUGGAAGACCCGGUUCUUUUCCUCACAUUUUAUUAUGUAAACCCAGAGAGGAACAUAUCUAAUAUAUAAUUAAGUCCAAUUUGAAAAUAACACAAGAAUAGACCCUUGGUUGUAAAAUGUCAUUCAGCAGUUUAUCAAAGGCUGAAAUGGUGAGAGAACUGCCUCAUCUUUUUCUGUCCAGUCAUAUCACUUUCGAUUCCAAAGGUGAGAUUAAAAUUGUUUGACGUUGCAAUGAAAGUUUCAUUUCUUUUCCUUCAGGAACAUGCAAUGACAAACAUGCAUUUUGACUAGCUACAAAACUAGGCAAAAUGUGUUGGUUCCUGAGAAAGGAAAUUCUUCAACAGCAAAGCAGCCACAGUGGAUUCAUAUCUAUGUUCCCCUGUUGUUCUUCUGACUUUGAUCCAUAGAUAGUAUCCUCCCCAGUGUUUUCAAAUAGCACAAGUGCUGCUGGCCCAAGAUCUCUCAGUCUGGUUUCAGGCAAUUUCCCCCCUCACACUGCAGUUGUGUGCAACACAGCCCACACGGUUCAGGAGCGGGGCCCAACCCUAUGGAGAGUGUUUUUUCAAGGGAGGAAGAGAAAAGAAAGAUUAGUUAUUCAAGUUGCCUUGCUUGUGCAACUAGUGGAUUAAACUAUACUAAUGCCCAAUUUGGGCACCUACAUAUAAUAAAGGCAUGCAACAAGGAAUACCCAACAGUGCAGAUAAAUUACAUUAAAGAAUUAAUUGCAGCAAUCUAACACAAACCAGCACAAGCUAAUCUAAAUAGAUGGGCCUUUUACCCUGAAAAAUCCUGUUGUGACUGACAGGAGUCAGAAGUCUUCCAGUGAGACACAAUCUCUAGUUUGUGGAAUGAUUUGUUACUUAGAGCCUUAAGACUCGGCAAAAAUCAUCUUGCUGAUCACGUUGAUGCACAGCAAGGGUGGUUAAAUUAUUGACUUGUGGUCUGCAUAUAUAUCUUCCCAUCUAACUCACUGUAAAGGAGCUUCAACAAGUUUAUCAUUUUUCUUUCUUUUCUUUUUUCUUUCACUUCGUUUAGACUGAAGCAAAAUGAAUGAACAUCCAAAGAAGAGGAAAAGGAAGACUCUACACCCCUCACGCUAUUCAGGUAGAUCAAUAUGUUUACCUAUUUCAUUUACAGAAAGCUAUUAGUUAUCUUGUGAACAAAGCUGGUAAACAGUCACAAGAUACAUUUUGAAAUGGGUGGGUAAACAGUAGUUUAUUUUUCAAAACUAAGCAUCAACUAGGACAUAUAUCUUUCCCUAUUCCCAUUUAAAAUGUACCAGUUUAUUGAAUCUGCAAAACAUGUCUUUUGCAUAUAAUAUAUGUAGUUAUAAUGUACGUUCAGUAUAAAAGCGGCAAACCUUUAUGGUUCUCGAUUACAGUAUGACUGAAAUAGAAGUUUGUCCAGGAACUAUAGUGUUGUGUACAACACACAGUAAUGCUCAUUGGUGUCUGAAGUAGCACCACUGCUGUCACCAUAGUAUCAAACAAGGAGCAAAAGGAUUUAUGUAUGCUAUGUUAGCAUUGUUGCUUCUAAGAGAAAUAUGCUAAAUAAUAAUUUAUUAUCUAGGCUAUUCUGAGAAAAGGCAAGGUGAUGGGAUUGAGGGGGAGUCAGAGCCCUCCGUCCUAUAAAGCCAUAACUGCCACUGAAAUACCAUCAAUUUACAGUAUUUCUGGAUUCCUUUGUUAACUUUGUUAAUUUAUUUGCUGCAGGGAAUUUUUCAGCAUUGGUCAUCAGUGCAAAGUAUAUAAGUUGUAGUUUCUGUACAUUGCAUCAGAAAGCAGCAAAAAAAAAAGUGUGUCGAGCUAAUGCUUGCCUUUCCUUCUAACUGUCUAGAUUCUUCAGGCGUCCCAAAAUACAUAGACAAUAGUGGCAUAUUUUCUGACCACUGCUACAGUGUGUGUUCUAUGAAACAGCUAGACUUGAAGGUUUCUGAUAAUCGAGGUAAGGUUUAGCAUCUUGCUUUUUUAAUUCACAUAUGUGAUCUCCUUGUCCAUAACUCAGUAGAACUUGGUUUGGUCUAGUACAAAGCUAAUAUUUCUGUCCAUUGCACUAUGAUACAUUUUUGUCAGGUCACAUUAAAAUGGCAAAAGAAAAACCUGUGCGUCUGAUUUUCAUCUUGCAUAUCUUUUAUUUCCUUUUUGCAGAUAAACCUGCCAAUAAUGGGAUUUUUAAAGACACAUGUGAGUCUCCUAUCUUCAAUGACAGCUUAACUGAAGAGGAGAAACCACUGGAUAUUCAGACUGUAGAAAUUUCUACUACUGAAGUCCAGGCUGUUGAAGUUCAUGACAUAGAAACUCAAACUAUUUCCCCAGAGAAGCUUGAAGCGGAGGAAACGGAGGAAAUCCCAGUUGAAAGCUGCAAAGUGCUUGAGAAAAACCCUCCCUUGAAUGUCACCAUUCAGCCAAAAUGGCCUCUCUUACGGGCCAACAGCAGUGGCUUAUACAAAUGUGAGCGCUGCGCAUUUAACAGCAAGUAUUUUUCAGAUUUGAAGCAGCAUCUUGUCCUGAAGCACAAGGCAUGUCCUGAGGGCAACAUCUGCCGGGUAUGUAAAGAAACGUUCUCCUCUAAAAAAGUGCUUAUUGAACACUUAAAAAUCCAUGAGGAAGAUCCCUACAUUUGCAAAUACUGUGACUACAAAACAGUAAUGUUUGAAAACUUGAGCCAGCAUAUAGCAGACACACACUUCAGCGACCACCUUUACUGGUGUGAGCAGUGCGACGUCCAGUUCUCCUCCAGCAGUGAGCUGUACCUCCAUUUCCAGGAGCACAGCUGUGAUGAACAGUACCUGUGCCAGUUUUGUGAGCAUGAGACAAGUGACCCUGAGGACUUGCACAGCCAUGUGGUGAAUGAGCAUGCAGGCCGGCUGAUUGAGCUGAGCGACAGCUACCACAGCAGGCAGCAGCAAGGCCAGUACAGCCUGGUCAACAAAAUCAGCUUUGACAAAUGCAAGAACUUCUUUGUGUGCCAAGUAUGUGGCUUCCGCAGCAGGCUUCAUACCAAUGUCAACCGGCAUGUGGCAAUUGAGCACACCAAAAUAUUCCCCCAUGUUUGUGAUGACUGUGGGAAGGGCUUUUCAGGCAUGCUGGAAUAUUGCAAACAUUUGAACACUCACAUGUCGGAAGGGAUUUAUUUGUGUCAAUAUUGUGAAUAUUCGACAGGGCAGAUUGGAGACCUCAAAAUUCACUUGGACUUCAGGCAUUCGGCUGAAUUGCCUCACAAGUGCACUGAUUGCUUGAUGAGAUUUGGAAAUGAAAAAGACCUUUUAAGCCAUCUUCAAAUUCAUGAAAUUGCUUGAUUGUUGUUGUUGUGUGUGUCCCUGUGUCAGAAUCUAGCUCAGAAUAUUAGAAUUUAAACAUGUUUUCCACAUAUGCUAUCCUUGAAUGAACUUCAAAUGAAUCUACUCCUAUGUCACUAGGAAAGAAUCACUAUAGGCAGAGGCCUACUUGUGAUGUAGCCCUACUUGUGUUCAAUAAUAAAUCCUGGCUCUAAUGGAAACCAGGGCUUUGAACUUGCAGCCCUGUAGGGUGAGCUGGCUGCAGACCCAACCCACCAGCUUUCUUUACACACACUAUGCAGAUUGUUCAAGAAAUGUUUGGUGAAUUUUCAAGCAGUGCAAUCAAUGACUUCGUCUCUGCAUUUUUGGGUUUCCUGACCAGGAUUUCUGCAGGUAGAAAAUAAGCACAUCAGUGAAAACAGCUGUUGAGUUGGGGUGGGAGGGGGAAGUUGUGUGUGUCAGUGAACCUGUUAAUGCAUAAUAGCAUGUGCAGUUGGUGUAUGAAGAUAACAUAGUAUAAAGUUGUUUUGUACCUAUGGGGGGGGGGGAACAAAAAUAAAUACUCAGAUAUGUGUA